GACUCGGACCGCAUGAAUAUGGAUGAAGUGGCGGUGCACCCAGCCCUUCAAAAACUUUGGGACGAGGCGACGGAGAAGAGAAACUGGAUGAAAUCCGCAUUGAUCGUCUCUCCAUUCGAGAUCCGGCUUCCCCCUCCAAGCAUCACGAACCUGGUCUUACCUACACGAUGGAUCAUUCAUACAAUGAAUAUGCCAGUCUCGGGUAUGGUCUAUAUCGUACGUCGAAGUGAGAAUCCCAAUAGCGUGACGCUCGCCAUUGCUCUUCCAAGGCGCAUGGGGUCUACACUUUCACCAGAAGAGAGAGAAACCAUUGCGGUCGCGUGGAAAUGCAUUGUGAUGGAGGCAGAGAAGCAGGCCAAGGAAAUCCUAUGGAAUGCCCCCCAUGACGAUGACAGAAGCGUGGCUACGACUCCAAGGCACAAUUACCUAGAAAACUUGGCCAAAGCGGCAGCUCUUAAUAAAGACGCCACUGACGCAUUAACCGAUAUCCUGGCCCGUGGUGGUGACAGCUACGAGGCAAAGGGACUGGUAUUAGAUGCGAUUUGUAGAUACGCAGCAUCCUUCAAGGUUACUGGCAGAGACAUGGAGCAAGUUGACGCAUUCUUCCAGAUUAGCGCGCUUGCAGUAUACGCAGUAGCCAAUAGCUCCUUGGAAGAGAGUGUUGACUUUCCAGUGGCCAAUCGCUUGUUUCUUAAAUUGCAGGAACUUGCAUAA